AGAUUCUGGUGGCCUUAAUGUCGGAAACAAACAUAAUAAGCUUGAAGCUUCUUGUGGACAAGAAUUCUAAGAAGGUGGUCUUUGCAGAGGCUAGUAAGGACUUUGUGGACUUCCUAUUUGGACUGCUAGAGUUGCCCCUUGGUUCCAUUCUGAGCCUUCUGAUCCAGCAUGGUGUGGCUGGGUCAUCUUCCUUGGGUAGAGUCUAUGAGAGUGCCAAAAACCUCAACCCCAGCUAUUUACAACCAGACCAAACCAAGAACUUCCUCCAGAGACUCUCUUCAAGUACUCUGCAAACCUAUCUACUGGACAAAUUUGCAUAUAAUAGAGAGUCUAGCAGCCCCUCGUCCUCAAGCUGCCCCUCGUUCUCGAGCAGCCCCUCAUUCUCUAGCAGCCCCUCAGUCUUCGGGAGCAGCCACUCGAGCAAAAAGAAAGAGGUGGAUGGAUACGUUAAAGCAGCAGUGGUAUACAUGGUGAUGGAUGAUCUUACAGUGAAACCUAUGUCCACUAUCUCUAGCAUUACUCUUUUCAACACCAUUGGGGUAAAAGAUAUGAGUAGUGUCCAAGAGAAGAUUGUAGAGAUCAACAUGAAAAAGGCUUUGGAGAUGGUGAAGACCUCCUUUGAGUCUACUACAGUCCUCUCCGACAUGUUUAUUGGGAAGGAGCCACCGGUAGACUGUAAUUCAGAAAGCAAAAGGUGCCAUUAAAAUUACCCUUGCAUCCAUUCGACUAAAAACAAUCUUUUGUUUUGAUAUAGGGUGGGUUUUUGUAAGGAAAAUGCUCUGUUCCCUUGCCUGACUAUUUUGCAGGGAGAAUUGUGAUUUUGCAACUAGUCUGGUGUCGACAUUAAUGAGACAGUGAGGGAUGUUUGGCUCAGGCUUGUAAGGAUCAUGGUUGAUUAGGCCACUGGUGCUUUUUCUAUUAGUGAUUUCUUUCUAUGAUUGUAAGAUAAAUUAUACCAAUUCUGGCUAGUAUGGACUGCUUUG